AUGGCUCAAAAGAAAAUCGCUGGUGUCCUAGGUGCCACAGGUUCCGUAGGUCAACGUUUCAUCCUAUUAUUAGCAGACCAUCCAAACUUCGAAUUGAAGGUCCUUGGUGCCUCUCCAAGAUCAGCAGGGAAAAAAUAUAUCGAUGCUGUCAACUGGAAACAAACUGAUUUAUUGCCAACCAUGGCUGAAGAUAUCAUCGUCACUGAAUGUAAAUCUGAAUUCUUUAAAGAUUGUGAUAUCGUCUUCUCUGGAUUAGAUGCAGAUUACGCUGGUGCCAUUGAAAAAGAAUUCGUUGAAGCUGGUAUCGCUGUCGUUUCUAACGCUAAAAACUAUAGAAGAGAACAAGACGUUCCAUUGUUAGUUCCUAUCGUUAAUCCAGAGCAUUUAGAUAUUGUUGCCAACAAAUUGGAAAAGGCUAAAGCUUCUGGAGAAAAGAGACCAGGGUUCAUCGUUUGUAUUUCAAAUUGUUCCACUGCCGGGUUGGUGGCUCCUUUGAAACCUUUAGUAGAAAAAUUCGGUCCUAUUGACGCUUUGACUACUACCACUUUACAAGCCAUUUCUGGUGCUGGGUUCUCUCCAGGUGUUCCAGGUAUUGAUAUCUUAGAUAAUAUUAUUCCUUAUAUUGGUGGUGAAGAAGAUAAAAUGGAAUGGGAAACGAAGAAAAUUUUGGGUACCAUGGCUGAAGAUAAGAGUCAUGUUAAAUUGUUGACUCCAGAAGAAAUUAAAGUAUCUGCUCAAUGUAAUAGAGUUGCUGUCUCUGAUGGUCAUACUGAAUGUAUCUCCUUGAGAUUUAAGAAUCAACCAGCUCCCUCACUGGAUCAAGUUAAACAAUGUUUAAGAGAUUAUGUUUGUGAUGCUUACAAAUUAGGUUGUCAUUCUGCACCAAAGCAAACCAUUCAUGUUCUGGAACAAAAUGAUAGACCACAACCAAGAUUGGACAGAAAUAGAGACGCUGGUUACGGUGUUUCUGUCGGUAGAAUUAGAGAAGAUCCAGUCCUUGAUUUCAAGAUGGUUGUCUUGUCUCAUAACACCAUCAUCGGUGCUGCUGGUGCAGGUGUCUUAAUCGCUGAAAUCUUAUUGGCAAGAAACUUGAUCUAA